AUGUCUUCUGAAAUUCCCCAGCCGCCUGGCGUCCCUUUCCUGGGCAAUAUCUUCGACAUCAACCCGAACGACACAUGGAACUCGCUCAUCAAGAUUUCCAAAGAAUAUGGCCCAAUCUGCAAAAUCAACAUCCUGGGAAAACAACUCAUCUUCAUCAGCAACGUCGCCCUCCUGUCCGAAAUAACCGACGAGCGACGCUUUCGCAAAUGCGUAACCGGCCCCGUCGUCGAAAUGCGCGCCCUCGCAAACGACUGCCUCUUCACAGCCUACCACCAUGAACAAAUCUGGGGCAUAACCCACCGUAUCAUGAAGCCCUACGUCAGCGCCAGCACAGCAGACAACAGCACAACCUUCACGGACAUGAGCAACGUAAUUUCCGACCUGACGCGCAAAUGGACCUCCGCGCCGAAAAAGCACGUUCUUUUCACAAAUGACCUGGACCGCCUCCUCAUGGCAUCCGUCGCGCAAUGCUUCUACAACCAGCGCAUCAAAGUACUGGAGGAGGACUCGGAAUCGCCACCGCUAAUUGCGGCAUGGGAGGCGAUUACACUCGAAGCCAUGAAGAGGCCUACACGGCCGAAGAUGGUGAAUUGGCUACUUUACCAGCGCGGUUUCGAGAGCGAUAUUAAACUAAUGCGGGAUUACGCGGAGGGGAUUGUGAAGUCACGGAAGGAGGAUCCGACGCAGAAACGGGAUGAUCUGCUUGAUGCAUUGCUUCAUAAUUCGGACCCGGUUUCUGGAGAGAAACUCUCUCAUUCCAGGGUUGUGGAUGAGGUCGUGACAAUGUUCAUUGGGGCCGCGACGUCCGCGAAUCUCGUGGCGUAUGCUCUGUACUUCCUUCUGAAGAAUCCCGAGGCACUGGCGAAGGCCCGGGCGGAGAUUGAUGAAGUCGUUGGUACAGAGUCUGGAUCUACAAUUCAACUUGAGCAGUUCCGACGGCUUAAGUACGUCGAGGCUGUGAUCAGGGAGUCGCUUCGUCUUUCUGCGACGGCGCCGGGGUUCAAUAUCGAGCCUAUCUCCUCCGACGCGCAGGAUAAGAGUCCGAUUCAGCUGGCUGGUGGGAAAUACCAGAUCCCGCACGAUCAGGCUAUGAUUGCCAUUCUGCACAACGUGAAUCGUGAUCCGGAGGUAUUUGAGGAUCCGGAGAGUUUUAUUCCGGAGCGGGUGCUGGGUGAGAGGUGGGAUGCGCUUCCUGCGGCUGCGAAGAAAGGGUUUGGAAAUGGGAAGCGGGAGUGUUAUGGGAAGAUGUGGGCGUGGCGGUGGUCGGUUCUUACGCUGGCGAGUAUUGUUAAAGAGGUGGAGUUUGAAUUUGCGGAUAAGGAAUAUGUGCUUGCUGCGAAUGGGGCGUUUAGUUUGAAGCCGUUGGAGUUUUAUGGGCUUGUUAGUCCGCGGAAGAAAUUUCUUUAG